GCGCGCGCGCGCGCGCGCGUACACACACACACACACACACACACACACAUACGCAAACACACACACAUACACAAGCUGGUUCUUCCACUGAGCAGCACACAUCUACCUUCCACCCCUCGGGAACCGCGACUUUCUCACUCCCUCCGCCGCGAUGUCUCCUGAGCUGCCCAAAUUCUGACCGAGGGGACCCGGUAGCGUCCGCCUCCCGCAGGCAUUCGCACAACGAGUCCAACCUUGACACGCGUGGCGGUGAUCACUUGGCAAAUUUCCCGCGUCUUGCCCGGGCGUGAUGGGGCUCCUUGCGGAAGGCUGGGGUCACCGAUUUCGCGUUCCGGGAGGCUCCAAAGCCUGCGGAUUCAAGGGAUAACAAAAAAGAGAAAGGCGGGAGGGGUGGGGGGAGGAAAGGGAGAAAAGCCGCAAUGCCUGUUGCUUGGACGGGGAGCGUGGCGGAUUCUGAAGACGCCCCUUCCACCCAUUCGCCUUGUUUCUUCGCCCCUUGGGCUGCAGGUCUCCGGAGGACCGAGAAAACCGGUGGCUGGAGGCAAAAGGCGACAGCAGGGAUUCUGGGCUCCCGCCUUCUCAGUGAUGACCUUCCUCCUUUGGGACAGCUUACCCCUGCAUAUCUGGAUCACCCCCUCCUACCUGUAAAAACAUGACUCUUCAGGAAGGCAUUUGGAAAUGAAUAGCACUCCCUAAGUCAUAUUCUCCAAGACUUCCUAAGAAACAGAGAAAGUACUGGAAGGAACAGAUGACAGAGUGGAUAUACAGUUACCUGGUGCCCCAAUAUGCCUUUUCUGGAUUGGUUCCUCUACCACUCAGUUGCCAUGUGGCUGCUCCUCCAGAGUUUUGUUCUGAUGGCCUUUUGUUUCCACUCAGCCACCACUUUUCCCAAGGGGUGUUACCCCUCCACUGAAGAUGGCUUCAAAACUUUCCGCUGCAGUAAAGCUCAACUUACAGUUAUCCCAAAAGAUAUACCCAAUGAUACCAACAAGUUAUACUUGGAUUAUAAUAAGAUUUCUUUCCUGCCCAAUGACGCCUUCCAACAUUUGCCACUUCUAGUAGAACUAGACUUGUCCCACAAUGUCAUAAGUCGCAUGGAAGUUGGAGUCUUUAGGGGCUUGUCAGAGAAUCUGCAUUCACUGGACUUGUCUUCUAACAAGCUAGUGUCAAUCAAUAAAGAUGUCUUCAGUGCAUUAAAAGCCAAAGCCAACUUAUCCAACAAUCCUUGGCUCUGUGACUGCACACUCCAACAGCUCGUUGAGAGAGUAGAACUGGUUGCUGGUACCUCUGAUGGGAUUGUGUGUGAUGCCUCUGCACGGAAAGAGCACAUUGGCAAGCCUUUUCUGCAGUUGAUUGGAGACAUAGAUUUCUGCAACAUCUAUAAAAAGACCACAGACAUCGCCAUGUUGGUCACCAUGUUCGGCUGGUUCGCCAUGGUGAUCUCAUAUUUAAUCUACUAUGUCCGGCAGAAUCAAGAGGAUGCCCGACGACACUUAGAGUAUCUCAAGUCCUUGCCCAGCAAGCAGAAGAAGUCAGAAGAGUCAUCUACAAUUAGCACUGUAGUGUGACCAAAAUUAAUAAUCCUUUCACCCUCACAAAUCCCCAGGAAACUAUUGUCCAUUGGAGUAGAUAGGUUUUACAUCUACUUCGGGUGGAUCAUGUCUACUAGAUGCUUGAAUGCACAAUGGCUGAAGAGACUGUUAUUAAACAAAGAAUGAAAAUUUUAAAAGACUUAAGGAGGUAAGGCCUUGCUUAUAUAAAAGGCCUCUCUUACUUUCAUUCCUGAGCAAUGAAAAAACACAAAUAAUCAUAAAUCAUAGCCAUGGUUGAAUUCACUGGCACAAUUCAAUGUAUGGAAUAGUGCCAUGUUAUGUAUCAGUUAUUUCUCAGUCCUGCAAUGGAGGCACCGUCACACCCAGACUUUGCAAAACCUCCCAGCUCUCAACUUUUACUAUUCCAAGGAGGAAGUUCCCAUCAUAUAAUGUUCUAGAGAUGCCAAGAAUUGGGAGUGAGAUGAUUCUGUUGUUUCCUCUUGUUGUCAUAAGGAUUUUGCUGCAGCCCUAACUUACUGGAGUCAAGAGCAAAUUUCCCCAACCUGAUUCCCACUAAUUUUAUUGGGCUUUUAGGAGUUGCCCUACACAGUGGUAGUAUUCUAAGUCUUGGGAAGGCAGAAUAAUAAUAAUAAUAAUAAUAAUAAUAAU